UCAUACAAUCUUACUCGAAACAAUGAUAAUAAAUGGACUAUGAUCGAAGAAAAAAUCUAGUGGCUACUGAAUAUUGUCAUUAAGGUAUUCCCUGUAUAAUGGGACACUUCCGGUGAAAACUACGACUUUUGUCGAUGUUUCCAACAUCGGCAAUGUUCGGGUGAUGUAAUACCGAGUAAGAGUUAUGCCCCUUAUUGUAAACAAUCAUGGCGACUGACAGAGAUAGCUGUGGUCGAUUCAAAAAGAAAAAGACCGGUAAUCACACCAAAAUAUUAAAAUCGAACGUGCUCAUCGACCACAACUACCCAGCUUGUCAUGUUUGCUACGGUGAUCCUUGCAAGGACGACGACUGUCCACUUUUUCGAAACAUCAAACUCGGCAAAUACGCAAGCAGAGAUGGAUGGAAAGAAGGGCGGAGGAUCGUCGAGCUCGGGGAACUUCUCUCAAAUCUCGUCGCUUGCAAGUACUGCAAAUUGGGCCCUAUUCCAUUAACGUAUGGGAAUAUUGUCGGUGAGAUGAGGAAAGGACUUAGCGGCUAUUUGUACGUGAAAUGUCAGAACGCGGAAUGUGGGCAAAUAAACAUGGUUCCAUACGGGAAGACACACAGGGAGAAGAAGGGGAAGUCAGGGAUGCCAUGUUUUGUUAUCAACACAAAGCUUGGAACAGCUAUGAUCGAUAGCGUUGGGGGACCAGACAGGAUGAAUAAUCUCCUUUCAACAUUAAAUAUCAAACCCAUCAACCAGAGAAGUUUAAAAAGCAUAGAACGGAGGGCUGGAGGCUAUGUUGAAGCUGUUGCCAAAAAGUCAACUCAACAGGCUGCAAAUGAUUCAUUUAGAAUGGAGAUGGAAGACAUUGCAGAAGAGGAGAGUCGACAAGCUGCAAAGAUCAUGGAGGAGGUGAUAGAAGAUUUAGGAGUUUGUCCUCUACCAGACGCACCUCCUGAAAUUAUGUCUAUUCUUUUCUAUAUAUUUUUAGUAUGUACAUGUAUAGCUUGUGUUGAAUAGUGGGAGAUAUGUUCAGAUGGAAAUAAGAUUAUUUUGAAAAUAUUCCAUUGUACAAUGUAUAUGCAACUAUUGUAUAUCAUUUAGAAACAACAAGACACUUUUCCAUAGGUUCAGUAUUUCUGUGGGACAUGGAAGAUCAAUCCAUCAGAUGGGACUGUAG